CUAAAUAUCAGAUCAAUCAAGAGUGAACUGAGGAAGUCAACGCUGCCGCUACCAACUUUGAGUUGCUGUUUGUGUCUCAAGAUUAUUGCACCGUGUUUCAAGACUAUCUGACAAUCUUACUCGUGGUGACAAUUUCAAAGUUUCCAUGAUGAAGAUUUUGCUGCUAAUCGGAUUCCUGGUGUGGUGUACUGAAGCACUUAUCUGCACCAUUGGACAAGAACGUGAUCCAGAGUCUGGUGGCCGGUACCGUUGGGUAAUUCCUGAACCUGAUCCAUGCCAGUGCACUACGAUACGUGUUGGUGGUCUGAAUACCCGUAGACCUUACAGACCCUUCGUGGUUACAUACAUGGAUACAUUCAUCCAUAGUAAUGACCAAGCGGAGAUUCAAACAUGGCUCAACUGCACAAAGAAGACUGCAGAAACAUUUAGCGACUGUCAAGCUUUGCUGGAUGCUGGGUUCAAAGAAGAUGGUAUCUACACUAUCCAUCCCUACCAGAAUGAUGAAGGAGUUAAAGUGUUUUGUGACAUGACGAAGCAUACCGGCUGGAUUGUUGUCCAGCGGCGCUAUAGUGGAUCAGUCAAUUUCAACCGCAGUUGGAUAGAAUACAAGAAAGGCUUUGGGUCAAUGGAUGGUGAGUUCUGGCUUGGCAAUGAGAUUCUACAUAAACUGACCGAUGCUGAAGGGAACUGGACAAUCCGUCUGGACAUCACCAAUGAACAAAAUAAAACGGGUCAUUUGCUGAAGACACAGUUUCACGUCGGACCUGGCGAUUACACCAUCUUUCUGGAGCACUCCGAGAUACAACCAAGUGUUGAUAUACAGUGUGGACAUAAGCUAGGAAUGGAAGACGGGAGUAUUCCUGAUGAUAGGAUCACAGCAUCUAGUCAGUACGAGUUCAUAUUAUCAGCCGAGUAAUGCACGACUGAACCUGAACCGUGGU